GUUAGUAUUAAAAACGAUGUUCAUUUGAUGUAAGUUUUCUGCAGUGUAUCAGUUAUAGCAUUACAAUUAACACAUUCGUAAUGAGACUGGCAUUGUACCUCUGCAGCAAGAAAGGCCCUCAUGGGCACUUAUGGAGAGGGAAGCACAAACUUUUGAAAGAAGUUACACCGAAAGAUCGCAGCAAUCUAUUACUAGACUAUGCUCGUGAAGAACAAAACAUGUUUUAUUUGAGACAUCCCUAUCUCACUUCUGAGCAGUCCCAUGGACAUGCACUGGCUCUUAAUAAAAAGGUACAAUGGAUAGAAAACUUCAGAAAAAUACGUACUACAUACAAGGACCAUUUCACUAUGGAGAUGCAGUAUUCACAUUUGAAAGUUAAAGAUGCCUGGGAAUGAAGCUGUGUGUUAUAUUGUGCACAAGAGCAUUUUUAUCUUAGCACAUUGGAAUUUGUUAAGAACUUAUUUGCUAUCUAGCAUGUAAAUGUAAGAUCUCAGUAAAACUAAAAACAAUUUUUAAACUCA